AUGUAUGUGUUUCCUUACUGGUACUCGCUACUUCAGCCAAAUGGUGGGAGAAAGGGUUUACAAUCAUCAAGGUUAGUGACAAAGGCCUUCCACACCCAAAAAGAGACCAAAAGAGGAGAAAAAAAAGCAGGUAAGAGAAAAAAAGCAAAGAAAAAGAGGAGGAGAGAGAAAAAGAAAUUCGAAAAACAGAAAGAACAGACAAAGGUUGAAGUAAAUGGACAGACAAAAACUAAAGAUACAAUAAAUACAGAUAUACAAAGUGGCAAUAAAUUGAAAAAGGAUAAAAAACCUGCCAAUUCAUCUUCAUCGGAUGAUGCAGUUAGUGGUUUUGAUCCUAAUUCAGCAUAUUUUACCAAAGUCAUUAAUAAGAAAAAGAAAGCUACCUCAGGAAGUGAAUCGGGUGGAAAAAGAGAGCGAUCUAGACACGGCAGUGACGAUGAAACGGAAGAUUUAGACCCCGUCGUUUUACGUAGUAGACAGUUAGCAAUUAAAGGAAAUGAAAUGGCUCAAUUAGGUCAUUAUAAAUCUGCUAUAGAACUGUUUACUGAAGCCAUAAAAUUAGAUCCCAAUGAUUUUAGAUUUUUUGGAAAUAGAUCAUAUUGUUAUGAUCGAACAAAUCAAUAUGAUAGAGCAUUAAAAGAUGCUGAAAAAGCUGUCCUUACUAAAAAAUGGCCUAAAGGAUAUUUUAGAAAAGGGAGAGCACUAGCUGGAUUAAGAAUGUUCUCUGAAGCAGAAGACGCCUUUACACAAGUUUUGAAAUUAGACAAGAAUUGUGAUGAUGCUGUACAAGAACUUUUACGAGCUAGGAUAUACCAAAUAACAGAAAUGGGUUUCUCUCGAUCUCAGGCUGAAGAAGUUAUAAAAAAGCAUUCCACAGUACAGGCUGCUCUGGAUUCACUUCUGGCAGGUGUCGCGGAGAAUGCUCUGGGCGGUGAAGUUUACGUCUCUGAUGACGAUUCAGGUUUUACCACUCCAUCCCUCCCCAAACCCCAAGCUCAGAAGGAUGUCACAAAUUGGACCCACGUAAUCCGGAAGGACUAA